CACAUCAAAUAAUUUACUAUUUUUCCAAGUGCCAUUAUUUCCUCCCUCAAAUGCAAAAAUCUCUAUCUUUUAGUACUUACUUACACUUCAAUCACUCCUAAGGAAAAAGGGAAGAAACAAAAAAUUCAAACAAUGACCACCUUACUUUUAGAAAAUCUUCAUUUUCUCUCUCUUUUCUCACUCAUACUACUACUAUCUGCUCACACUACCAAAUCUCAGAUUUCUCCAAACGCUCAACCUGCAAAACCAAUCAUAAUUCAACCUUACAUUAUCGAUUACCGCAACGGCACCGUUUCGAGAUACAUUUCUUCCCCGCCAUCCUUUGUUCCCGCGCCAAACGACGCUCAUGUCCAGUCCAAGGACAUCGUUAUCCCUUCAUCAUCGAACCACAAUCUUCGGGCCCGGGUUUUCCUCCCGGCCCGGCCCGAGCCCGGUAGGAAGAUCCCGGUUCUUAUAUACUUCCACGGGGGAGCCUUCUGUAUUGGCUCCCCCUUCUCGUGGGGGGAUAGCCACUACGUGGCCCGGGUUUCGGCCGAAACCCGGGUCCUUGCUAUUGCCAUCGAUUAUAGUUUGUACCCCGAGUUUACGGUCCCUGCCCCUUACGACGAUGCGUGGGCCGCCCUCGAGUGGGUGGCGGCUCACACGUCUCGUAUGGGCCCGGGCCACGAUUGGUGGGUGGCCCGGUACGGAGACCUUAAGAGGAUCUUCGUAGGAGGGGACAGUGCGGGAGGGAACGUGGCCCAUAAUCUCGCGAUUCGGGCCGGGAUGGGCCACGGCCCGAAGAUUACGGGCCUGUUCUUGGCUAUGCCGUACUUCCUCGGGUCGAAGCGGGUUCCGCUCGAGCCCAAGUACAUCACUAGCUCGCCUAAUUAUAAAGUGUGGCCCUAUGUUUGUGGCAACUGCUCGGGCGGGGUCGAUAACGGGUAUAUGAACCCGUUUGGGCCCGGGGCCCCGAGCAUCGCCCGCCUCGGGUGUAGGAAGUUGUUGGUGUACACCGCGGAGGUGGAUGAGCUUCGGGGCCGUGGGGUGUGGUACUAUGAGAAGGUUAAGAAGAGCAAGUGGGCGGGCCAGGCCCAUUGGGUUGAGGCCCGAGGGAAAACCCAUAUUUUCCAUAUAUCUGAACCAGAAGAUCCAGCAACAACAAAAUUGAUCCAAGAUUUGUCAGCAUUUAUCAAUAGUGACUAGAGCUUUUUGUCGUUGUAAUGAGAUUGUACGUUUCUACAUUUUUAGUUUUCCUAUUAAUGUCAGAGAGAUACUACUACCUUAAUGACAAUGUUCACAUGUUUCACUAAAAAGGGAAUCUUGUGUUUAUGAUUAAACGAGUAAAAGUUAAAGGCGAGUUUUAGUAGUA